AUGGUAGUUCUUAAGUGGGUCAUGGUGUUCGUCGAAAUUCCUUCACCUUCUGCUGUUGGAGCCGCGGGUCAUGGUGGUGAUGGUGGAGGUGGUAAUGAAGGUGGUGAUGGUGUUGAUGUUAAACUAUCGUCUGGGGGUAAAGCUGAACCCCAUACACCUCCCCCCAGCCCCGUGGAUAAACGGACAGCCACUCUUCAAAGAGGAUUAAAAGGCAUACGCAAAAGCUUCAGGAAAAUCAAAAACAAAAGCAAAAAUCAGGAUAACCUGAAGGAUUUAGAGGAGGUAAAACCUCCUGUAGUUUUCAUCCACCCUGUCCCCCAGACCUCGACUCCCGUCAAGAACGCCACGUCGGAGGAAGACCUAAAGAUUAAGUCGUCAAGUGCCUCCCCUUUCCUAAAGUUCCGUAGCUUAAGAGUUAAGAAAAGCGACGCCACGACAUUGUUGCGUAUCAGCAAAAUACGCGCAAGUGUUGGUAAAAAAACUACGCUGCACCGAACAGAUCCUACGGCUUCUCCUGUGGUUGUCAGCAAAGAGGAACUCAUCAUAUCCUCUGAACCUCCACUCAAGUCCUACCGACUCAACACGACCAUACAGACCGUAGGAUCGGUGGAGGAUGAAUCCUUCGACUCCACCAACCCAUUCUCAGAUACCGACGAAAUUAACGACGAGAAGAAUCCUUUCUCACGAUCGUAUUUGUCGGCAUCAUCAGUCGAGAGCUGUGAUCCUCAACGACGUCCUAAGAGCCUGAGAAGGAGCAUUAGGAAAACCUUAAGUAAAAUGAGCGGCAUUAAAAGUAAAAAGAAGAAAACGGCGGACGUGGCCCCUGAAUCGCCCAAUGUUGCUGGUCAAACUGCAGUAUCGCGGCAGCUUUUCUUAGAUCCUACUGAUGGUGGAGCGAAGGAUUCAUCAUCCGUGAUCCUAGAAGAGGUGCAGGAGGAAACUGUGCCGUCUGCGGAGCCCCCGACGGCGGUCAACGAAGAUAAUUUCGAGGAGCUCAAAUGUCGUCUUAUUAAUCUCAAAG